UGUAAGCUACGUCCAGACGCCAUUUCAUGCUCGCUAGUUUGUUUUCAAGGUGAUUGUAUCAUCCGCCAGCACAAUCCUUUAUGGAGCGUAAUCUACCCCGCUAAACCGACGUUGAAUGUUAUGCAUUUUUAUUAAUAAGCUCCUGUUUUUGAGGCACAGAAUUUUUUUGUACAGCGUCAAACCACUCAGACAGACAGACGGCUGUCUACCAGAAUACAGACACAAUGGAGUGGUCCCCCACCACCGCCGCCCAGAUGGCGAGCAACGUGACCAACAAGACGGACCAGCGCUCGCUCAACUCGCGCGUCUUCAUCGGCAACCUCAACACGCUGCUGGUGGCCAAGGCCGACGUGGAGGCCAUCUUCUCCAAGUACGGCAAGAUAGUGGGCUGCUCGGUGCACAAGGGCUUCGCCUUCGUCCAGUACGCCAACGAGAGGAACGCCCGGGCGGCCGUGGGCGGCGAGGACGGCCGCGUGAUCGUGGGACAGGUGCUCGACAUCAAUCUGGCCGGCGAGCCCAAGCCUCAGAGAACAGGGAAGCCGGGGAAGCGUUCAGCGGGGGACAUGUACAGCUCUUCAUUUGAUCUGGACUAUGAGUUCCAAAGGGACUACUAUGAUCGGAUGUACUCCUACCCGUCCCGAGUGGCUCCGCCCCCUCCGCCGCCCCCGCCGCCGCCGCCGCCGCUGUCCCGGGCCGCCGUGCCCUCCAAGCGGCCCCGCGUCAGCAUGAGCUCGGGGGGGAGCCGUCGCGCCAAGACCCCCAGCUUCUCCUCGUCCAAGAGCUACCAGAGGCCGUCCCGAGCAAUCAGACUAGACGACCUGCAGACCAUCAAGAGGGAGCUGAGCCAGAUCAAACACAAGGUGGACUAUCUGCUUGAGAGCCUGGACCGCAUGGAGAAGGACCACGGCAAGAGAUCC